GGUGCCUCAGACGAUGGUGACAGGAGUAAUGGAGGCGGUGGAUAAUCCGUGGCUGGAGCCCGAGCGGAAUCCGCCGGCAUCCGCUCCAUCGGGUGGCGAUGAGCAGAAACUAUUCACCAAAAGCCGCCGCAGUGGGAGUAAUCCGUGCAUCACGCAGAAUGUGUCCACUCGGGCUCUUGGCCUGCAUGUUGAUGAGACUGCCGUGGAGGAGGCCUCUGCUGACAGCCCAAGCCCCUGUGAUGGGGACACCGGAGAAGAAUCAGCAGCCGGUACUCCAGCCCCGAGUGACGGAGACACCGGAGAGGAGCUAGCAGCAGAUUCCACUGCUGACACCGGGGAGGAGUCUGCAGCUGAUUCCACUGGCCCUAGUGACGGCGACUCUGGGGAAGAAUCAGCAGCUGAUUCCACAGGACCCCAUGACGCACGAGAGGAGUCAGCCGCAGACUCCACUGGCCCGAGUGAUGGUGACACUGGCGAGGAGUCGGCAGCAGACAGUCCUGCUCCCUGUAAUAUCGACAGGCUACUGGACACAGCAGCUGAUUCCACCGGCCCGAGUGGUGGGGCCAUUAGGGAGGAGACGGCUGCUGACAGUCCUGGCCCAUGUGAUACAGACAGUAUAGAGCAGGCAGCUGCAGGUAGUCCUGGUCCCUGUGAUGGGGACACUGUCGGCGAGACUGCUGCGGACAGCCCUGGUCCCUGUGAUACAGACACUAUGCAGCAGGGCCCUGCAGGGAGUCCUGGUCCUUGUGAUACGGACCCUGUGGGGGACACGGCUGCUGACAGUCCUGGCCCCUGUGACACAGACACCAUAGAACAAGGAGCUGCAGGUAGCCCCGGUCCCUGUGAUACAGACACUGUCAGGGAGACAGCAGCAGGUAGCCCUGGUCCCUGUGAUACAGACACUGUCAGGGAGACAGCUGCAGGUAGCCCCGGUCCCUGUGAUACAGACACUGUCAGGGAGACAGCUGCAGCUAGUCCUGGCCCUUGUGAUACAGACACUGUUGGGGAGUCAGCAGCUGACAGUCCAGGUCCCUGUGAUGGAGACACAGUAGGGGGUAUGACUGCAGAUAGCCCUGGUCCCUGUGAUACGGACACUGUAGGGGAGACAGCUGCUGACAGUCUCAGCCCACGUGACCGAAAUGAAGUCGAGAAACUGGCUGCUGAAAGCCCACGUCCGUCUGGCGUUCAGAGCUCAGCCGGAGAGCUGGCUACAAGUCCCAACCCACCAAGUGACCAGGACACUGUGGCAGAGAUGGAGAUAGACGGACUGGGUAUGGACAGGGAAACAGCCGAGGAAUCGCUGGUUGCCGAGUGCACGAACAUAGACCAUGGUCAGGAUGCUUUGAGUGGGCUGGCAGCUGACUCUUCGAGCAGUGCGACAGCGCUGGAGGCAGUGACCCUGCUCCCUGUGAGCACCAACGGGCCAGAACACGCAAUGGACAAACUGCUCCAUCCUGACAUUGCAGACUAUAUGGCGACGGAGAGCACCACUGCCUGUCUGGACGCGUACGGGCAGGCCAGUGGUGAUUACGGAGUCAUAGAGACUGAGGACAGUGUCCCUCCGUACCCCACCGACUUUGAGAAGUAUUGGAAAAUAGUUGAGGACAAUCCAUAUGAUUUUACAGGAUGGACAUAUGUCCUGCAAUAUGUGGAACAAGAGAAUCACAUCUGGGCCGUGCGGAAGGCAUUCGAUGCGUUCUUCGCCCGCUAUCCCUACUGUUAUGGCUACUGGAAGAAAUAUGCCGACAUAGAGAAACGCCUGGGGUUCACCAAAGAGGCAGAGGAGGUUUACCAGCGAGGACUCCAGUCCAUCCCACUCAGUGUCGAUCUUUGGGUUCACUACAUCACAUUCCUACAGGAGAUCCUCGAUGCUACCCAUCCUGAAACUCCUGCUAAACUCCGGAGUGUGUUUGAAAUGGCGUUGGCUGCAGCCGGCACAGACUUCCGUUCUGACCGGCUCUGGGAUCUAUAUGUGAACUGGGAGAAGGAGCAGGGUCAGCUGAAGGCUGUAACUGCCAUUUAUGACCGGGUGCUAUCAAUACCUACGCAAUUGUACAGUCACCACUUUGAGAAGUUUAAGGAGCAUGUGCAGAGCUACUCACCCAAGGACAUCCUGUCCACUGACGAGUUCCUCAGACUGAGGUCAGAGGUCGUGAGCAACCUGGCGGCAGCUGAAACGGAGUGUGACGAGGGGCCCCCUGGAGAUGACCCUCCGCCCGGUGUGGGGACCACCGAUGAGGAGAAGGCUGACACCGAGCUGGAGAAGAUCCGAGCCCACCUGGCAGCCACUCGGCAUGAGAUGUACCUGCUGAAUGAGGAGGAAGUUAGCAAGAGGUGGAAUUUUGAGGAGGCGAUUAAGCGGCCGUACUUCCACGUCAAGCCCCUCGAGAGAGUGCAGCUGAAAAACUGGAAGGACUACCUGGAUUUUGAGAUCGCCAGUGGCACUAAUGAGCGGGUUCUGGUAUUGUUCGAGCGCUGUAUGAUCGCCUGUGCUCUGUACGAGGACUUCUGGAUCAAGUACGCCAAAUACCUGGAGAACCACAGCGUCGAGGGAGUCCGCAACGUUUUCCAGAGGGCCUGCAUGGUCCACCUGCCCAAGAAGCCCACCCUGCACCUGCUGUGGGCUGCCUUUGAGGAGCAGCAAGGUGACCUGGAGGAAGCCCGCCGUAUCCUCAAGUCCUUCCAGAUGGUAGUGCCAGGGCUGGCCAUGGUGCUGCUGCGGCGCGUGAGCCUGGAGCGUCGCUGCGGGCACCUGGACCAGGCAGAAGAACUCCUGCGUGAGGCCAUUGAACAGCACAGGGGCACCACCCUGGCCUCCUUCUUCUCCAUCAAACUAGCCCGGCAACUCCUGAAAGUCCAGAAGAACAUGGCAAAGGCCCGGAAGGUGCUGCUGGAGGCUAUCGAGGGAGACAAGGACAACCCCAAACUCUACCUCAACCUGUUGGAGCUGGAGUUCAGCAGUGACAUCCGCGUGAACGAGGGCAACAUCUUGGGCUGCUUCGAGCAAGUGCUGGUCAGCUCUCUCCCCCUCGAAACCAAAAUUGUCUUCUCCCAGCGGAGAGUUGAGUUCCUGGAGGAUUUUGGCUGCAACGUACAGAGUUUGUUACACGCUUAUGAUGAGCAUCAGAAACUCCUCAAGCAGAACUCCAGUAAGAAGCGAGCAGCUGAGAACGGCACUGAGGAACUCGAGGAGAAGCGAGCAAGGAUGGACGACGCCUCCGCCAUCAGCACAGCAAGCACUGCCACCACCAGCACCAGCUCCACUGCCCUCAUGAGUGGCGAUGUGACCAGCAGCCAGGCAGCAUACAACUACAGCGCGUGGUAUCAGCCUUAUGGAUCGUAUGGAUAUCAGAACCCGUGGAACUACAGUCAGUAUUACCCACACAGCUGAGACGAGCCGGUGGCCUGGCUCGAAGGCGUGUGAACUAUGUACAUACUGAAAAAAAAGGGACCGAUUUCUGUUUACCCUGCGUUUUUCUAAAGCCCCUCAGCCAUCAAACACCAUCCCCCAGCCCCUGAUGAGCAGGAAGAGACAGCCAGGCACCGGUAACGAAUCCGCGAGGUGUUUUGUGUCCGUUGUGCGGUUGUGAUGUUACCCCUGAAGAAAACGACGUCUGUUUCGAGGAGACCGGGCAUCUUUUGCGUGUUGUUCCUCCUGGCAGGUGUUACCGUCAGGCACCCUUCCUUCUUCGCCCUCCUCUUCCUCAUAUUUAACGUGGAGAGCAAGAAGGCCACGGCAACAUUUUAAUCUGUAGGAGGGUUCGGUAACGUUUGGUGUGUCGUUAUGUGCUCGCUUUGUUCUCUCCAAGGUGGGGGGUGUUUAAGAGAGCAGGCUCCCUUGCCCCCUUACCUCCACCUGCCCUACUUCUUUGCUCCUCCCUCCACACUCCCCCAAGGUGGAGUCUGUACCCAAUAACCCCCUGCUGGGAGUGAACAUCUGGAUUGACAUCUCAUGCUCCUUCCCUCACAGUGCACUACCAAGUAAGGGGCCCUGUGCAGCAGCUGAGACAGAACGAGAGCGAGAUGGGUUGGUCUUUCCGACCUGAUUUCCACAAGCCAAAGAAUUUCCUUUUCUGUCAUCUCCUUGUGGCUCCAGUGCCCGCUCUUGCUGCGUUCCCUGGUGGCAGCCUGCAGGUAAGUGAGCCGAUUUCCUGGGAGGAGGGGUUUGGAAUUUGAAGUGAGACCUAAUAACUGGGCACAGGUACAGCGACCUACACCAGAAGGGUACCUGAAAUCCCAGGCUGGUUCAUACUGGGAUUUACAGUGCUCAGUUACACGGAGUAGCCAAGCGGAUGACUCCCAGCACAGUUUCAUGUCAAGAGUUACGGCCAUUCUAAAAGGCUGUCUUGUACUCUUGACUUCCGCUGUCUGUCUCAGCCGUCUGUUCAAAGAUGUGAGCACCCUGCCACCCAGAGUCAGCCGCUAACCCCCCCCCCCCCCACCCCCAACACCGGCCUUUCUGUCGUCCCUUUUCCUCGCUCUCCACCCCACGUCCUACCCCCCCCCCUUACCUUUUGAAAAGGUAAAAGCUGCCGUGAGCGAGACACAGUGAGUGCGUCCCGUGAGCGGGUCUUGGCUGGACAGGAUCCUCUCCUGGCUGAAUGCCCUUGACACGGCCUCACCUCAAGUGUAACACUAAUCCUGCUCUCUGAUCCCUUUCUGCUGCUACUGUAAAGGACAGGUUCUCACCAGCGUUGUCUGUCUGUUGUUGCACAGUGCCGAUGGUAGUCUGUAAGUUGACAUGAGUUGAUAAGCCAGAGAUUUGUGUUCCACCUCGCAGCCACCAGUGACUGACAGCAGAUCCCUGACACCUCCAAUGUGAAUCUAUUUUUUUUUCAUCUUCUGUACAAAUUCUUGUUCAGGCAAAAACAAACACAUUUUUGCAAGUAGCAAUUUUUUAAUGAAUGUAAUUUUUUUCUGUGAAUGGAUGGUGUAAAUAAAAGGAAGAUUGGAG